AUGGCCAUGCUGGCACCGCUACCCGCGCGCGUGCCCCCGCCUCCGACAGAGCAUCAUGCUGCGCCGUCCUUGGGCCACAGCGCCCGCGCAGCCGGCGCCCUCACAGCCGCGGCUGCGGCCGCCGUUGUCAGCCGACGCCCGGAAACAGUUCGAAGCCAGGUGCUCUUGAGGGCUGCGGGCUCGGACUUUGCCAUCAUCCGCUUCAGGAUACCCGGUGUGGACGACCUGACGAUGCUGCCCAGGGUCGUCACGGCGUUCUGUGUCGCGCUUUUCAUCUACAACAAGGUUUCUGCAUACGGAGAUCCCGACAGUUUUCGUCAGGUGAGUGAGACCUUGGCCGUGGUUCUGUCACUGCUCACCUGGUCCAUUCCUUGGGUGACCGGACGGCUGGAAGAGGCAGUUCGGCGACAGGUGGAUGCCAAACCCAGCUCACGCAAGCCGGGAUCCAUCCAAACCCUCGCCAUCAAGCAGGAGCUUCCUAGCGAGCUCCAGCUCGACAUCUCCUGGCUCAGCUCCUCGUUGCUGCGGCUGACCAAUGCGGACGGUCUGGCGAUUUGGCACGAGGGCUCCACCAUCUGCAGCCGUGGCAUCGUCAAGAGGCUGAAAGGCUUCGCGGCGGGGUCGGAGUUCGUUCUUCAGGGCCUGGAUGCCGCGUGGACUCCCGACGCAGCUCCCGUGGAUGGCUACUGCGCCACACGUCGGGGCCUAGGAGCCUUCCCUGAGAACCUUCUGCCAGGGAAGGUUUUGCCCGAUGACACUGAGUCAGCGAUCGUCAAGCCUUUACCAGGAGGGGGCCACCUCGUCCUGUGGUCGGCACGACCCCGGGCUUUUGACAAAGAGGCAGAUCGGCUAUGGGUUGCCAAUGCAGCAGCCAAGCUCGGUGGCCUUUUGCAUGGCCCCAAAUCCACGGUGCCCGAUACCGUGCUGGAGGAGUGUUUCGAAGACACGUUGCCCCUGCUCGCGGCCGAGGAGGAUGCCGAAGCAUCCCGAGACCCGUUUGCACGAUUCGACUUGCAGAUUCGGGUAGCUCCCACCAUUGUCGGCGUGCUGGGCCUGGGAGUGCUGAUCUUCAACCGCCAGGCGUUGGUAUUCUCCGAAGCGUCGAGGAUGGGUGUGGACCCAGCGCAAACACGAGCCGACCUCUGCGCAGGAGUCCUGGCCAUCACCCUCGUGCUGCAGGGCCUUGUGUGGGUCAGUGAGACACCCAAGUCGCCGGAUGUCGAGGACACGACGGAGUGGGAUGAUGCCCGCAACGUCCUAUGGGUGGACCCGCAGCUCGCUGAGGGCGCUUGCCAGGAGCUCGUUUGGUCUUGGAGUGCAUUCAGCAAAGCCACGCGCGCCUGCUCCAUGGCACUUUUCUGGCGUGACAAGUGCGUGAUGCAGGGUGGCUUGUUCCAGCCGGGCAUGGACCCCGUUCAGCGCGACUUCUGCAAGGAGGUCAUUUCCAUGGGAAAGGGCCGCUACCUGGCGCAGCUGAACAAUUAUCCAGCCAAGGAGGAGUUCUUGGACUUUCUGCCAAAGAAAACUCAGGGCCUGCUGCUGACUCCGCUGCGCCCAGCACGAAAUGCCCCAGCGGCUGGCUUGUUGGUCUUGGGCUUGAACGCCAUGCGCGGCUUUGGCAAGGUGGAUCAGGCUUGGGCUGCAGCCCUUGCAGAGAAGCUGGCAGUCACACUGGACUCCUCCGACUGA